UGUAAUCGCUUUUGCCAUGUUGGCUUACGAAUGUCGAGAACUCGAGAGUCGAGAGUGAGUAGUGACUUUAAAGUUUAAACUGUAAUAUAAGAUAUACGUGAGUGAAAACUUAUUUCUGAAUGUAUAAAUAACAGUAUCAACCGUUCACAUUUAAAAGUUACAAACAACUAAAGCUGCUACCAGCCAUGGCACCAUCAUCUGAUUGGGAUGAAAUAAAAAGGCUAGCAGCUGAUUUUCAGAAAGCUCAACUUAGCUCAACAUCUCAAAGAUUAUCAGAGAGAAACUGCAUUGAAAUUGUAACUAAGUUAAUCGAACUUAAACUUGUAGAUGUGAUUUUUACAACAGAUGGAAAGGAAUACUUAACUCCCCAAGAAUUAAUCAAAGAAAUAAAGGAUGAGUUAUAUGUGCGAGGAGGUAGAGUUAACACUGUCGACUUAGCUAAGGAAUUGAGUGUUGAUCUUAACUUAAUUAAUACUAACUUAAAUGAAAUAUUAAAAGGAAAAGAUGUUCAGCUUUUAGCAGGGUAUUUAAUUACAAAUUAUUACUUAGAGAAGGUUGCAGGGGAGAUCAAUGAAAAAUUACAACAACAAGGUAAAAUAACUGUUGGAGAGUUAAGUUUACUGUACGACUUGCCAGCAGAAUUUAUACAGCACAAUAUACUAGAAAAGUAUAUAGGAAAAAUAAUAAUAGGUAAACAGGAUUCCUCUGAACCUAGAACAUUUUACACAGAAGAAUAUAUAACUAGAACAAAAGCAAAGAUUAGAGGAGCUCUAAUGGGACUAUUGAGACCAACACAAAUUGGGUUUAUAAUAAGUCAAUGCAAUGUUGCUGAGCGUUUAUUUAUAACUCUAUUUGAUCAGUUAAAUGCACCAGGAGUGCUGACUGGGAGACAUUCUGGUGCCAUUUAUGUUCCUUCUUGUUACACAAAGUCUCAAAAUGAUUGGGUCAUUAGUUUUUGGAGACAAAACAAUUACUUAGAAUAUGAUGCUAUAACUAGAUUAGGUAUUUCUGACCCAAAGGUGUAUGUGAAAAAGGUGAUUACAAAUGAAGAUGAUUUGAUAUUUUUGAGUAGCUGUGUCAUUGGUUCACAAAUAAAACAACAAAUGGAAGUAGCAUUAGAAGAAUGCAUAUCAUCAAAAAGUUUUAUGGAUGUUGUAAGUUUGUUGCCAUCAAUAUUUUCUGAAACAGACAUUGAAAAUAUGCUGGAUAUUUUAUUAAAGAACAAUACAAAGUCAACUAUGUUAUUUGGAAAUACAGUAUUCAGCAAUACAUAUAUUGAUAGCUUACGGCAAGCUUGUAUGCCCAUCACUCAAUCAAAAGUUGAAGAAAUUGUCAAAUCUGGAAAAUAUCAACAACAUUUCAUGGAAAAACAAAUUUCAAAGAAUGAUAUGAGCCAGCAAGGCCAUGUGGAUUAUAAAACUGAAAGACGUGAAGAGCGAAGAAGAAAAGCAACUAGCGGAAAAGGUGGCGGAGGCACACAAGGACGGGAAACUAAAACUAAGGCUGUGAAAAAGCAUCCAAGAUCCAAACAGACUCAUGAAUCAGAAUCAGACGAUGAUACAACUACUACAAAGAAGUCUCAAAUGCAACUAGAAAUUAUACUGGUCGAGGAUGUGGAAAAUGUAAUAAAAGAUACAUUGGAAAAUGAAGGCUUAGAGGAUCUUGUCACUCCAAUUGCUGAGUAUUUACAUGGAACACUAAAUCAAAUUGCUUUAACUAUGGCAAAGGAUAUGGCUGAGAAAUUACUUCAAAAUUCACAUCAAAACAAAAAGCAGAGCCAUUCAGCAGCGCAAGACCGAAUUAAUGUUCUUAUUAAUGAUAUAAAAUUAUAUGAAAAGGGCUUAAAGUUGUUCCCUGUAGAUCAACAGGGCGCAUUCAUAAAAUAUCUGUUAAAAUCCUUCGGUGCUGAUGUCCUUGGAGAGUUUUGCAAAUAUGCAGCAAACCAGUGUAAUAUAUCAGUUCAAGUUGAUACAUUGUCUAUUGAGCAGCGUAAUAAAAUUAUAAAUGAUCUACCUGAAGAAUAUAUGAAGCCGUUGAGAGCUUUGAAUGUAUCAUUGUCUGAACAGAAUCUGGAUUUAUUUUAUCAAGCUGUUGAUUUGUGCUUAUCCAAAUGUGAUAUGAUAUUAAAAAAAGUUGAUAAAAAGAAAGAUAAAUUGCUAUUACUGAACCAUAGAGAAAAGCUAAUAUCUGAGCUAGAAAGUUGUGACGAUCCCGCCUUGGUUUUACAUCUGGCAGUACUUGCAAUAUUCACAAUUUUAAACCAAAGUAUGCUUCAUGCUUCGGGACGACAAGUUAUUUCUAUUAUUAACCUCUUAAAAGGUCAAUUGAAGGAGGAACACUUCAGUAAGCUUCAAGACUACCAUGAUUUGGUGACUAAGUAUUUGACUGCAACAGAAGACAUAAAAAGUGCUCUGGAGGAUCAACUUACACAGGAAAUGCCAUCGAUUAAAAGUUUUGUUGGCGAAAUUAAAAAAUACAAGUAAUUUGUAUGAUUGUAUGUUUUUUAUAGUUUAUAUGACAUGUUUUGUUAUGUUAUGAGUUAUGACUUAAUGAAUAAAUAAGGAUUACAGUUCAUAGUACUUAUGAAAAAUGUUUUAUAAUUCUGUUUUAACAAUAAAUAAAGAUAUAAAUUUGAUGAA